UUUCUCUGCUAUGGAUCAGUGUGAGGACAGAGAGGAGGGAGUCCCUCCCUCUAAAAGCUCUCUGUGUGGGGAACAUGACAGCCAGACCAAAGCUCAGAGGAUGCAGCAGCAGAGAGCAGACUCUCCUGAACCCAGCUGUGUGUCCAUGAAAAGUGACCGGUCUAAGCAUCGUCCUAUUUGGUUUAAAGACGGACAACCUGCUGAUGGAAGAGUUCAGCAGCAGAGCUCAGAGGUUCCCAGUGAUCAGUCUGCACAGCAGCAUCAAACACAGCUGGACUCCAUAUUUAUGCUGCUGGAGGAGAACAUCGUCACUUUUGUGAAGAACGAGCUGAAGAGAGUCCAGAGGGGUCUGAGUCCAGAUGACCCAGAAUGCUUAGAGAGUCAGAGUGAGGAUGAGGAGGUGUUGGACGGUGAGGAGGAAGAGCAGAGGAGGAGCAGCAGAGAGGCAUUUCUGAAGAUCACACUGCACUUCCUGAGGAGAAUGAAGCAGGAGGAGCUGGCUGAGCGUCUGCAGAUCAGAGCUCGUGCUGCAAAGUGUCGACGUAAACUCAAGUCUAACCUGCAGAAGAAGUUCCAGUGUGUGUUUGAGGGGAUCGCAAAAGCAGGAAACCCAACCCUUCUGAAUCAGAUCUACACACCGCUCUACAUCACAGAGGGAGGGACUGCAGAGGUCAAUGAUGAACAUGAGGUCAGACAGAUUGAAACAGCAUCCAGGAAACCAGACAGACCAGAAACAACAAUCAGACAAGAAGACAUCUUUAAAGCCUCACCUGGAAGAGAUGAACCAAUCAGAACAGUGAUGACAAAGGGAGUGGCUGGCAUUGGGAAAACAGUCUUAACACAGAAGUUCACUCUGGACUGGGCUGAAGACAAAGCCAACCAGGACAUACACUUCACAUUUCCAUUCACUUUCAGACAUCUGAAUGUGCUGAAAGAGAAAAAGUACAGCUUGGUGGAACUUGUGCAUCACUUCUUUACUGAAACCAAAGAAGCAGGAAUCUGCAGGUUUGAAGAGUUCCAGGUUGUGUUCAUCUUUGACGGUCUGGAUGAGUGUCGACUUCCUUUGGACUUCCACAACACUGAGAUCCUGACUGAUGUUACAGAGUCCACCUCAGUGGAUGUGCUGCUGACAAACCUCAUCAGGGGGAAACUGCUUCCCUCUGCUCGCCUCUGGAUAACCACACGACCUGCAGCAGCCAAUCAGAUCCCUCCUGAGUGUGUUGGCAUGCUGACAGAGGUCAGAGGGUUCACUGACCCACAGAAGGAGGAGUACUUCAGGAAGAGAUUCAGAGAUAAGAAGCAGGCCAGCACCAUCAUCUCCCACAUCAAGACAUCCCGAAGCCUCCACAUCAUGUGCCACAUCCCAGUCUUCUGCUGGAUCACUGCUACAGUUCUGAAGACCAUGAAAAGCAGAGAGAGACGAGAGCUGCCCAAGACCCUGACUGAGAUGUACAUCCACUUCCUGGUGGUUCAGUCCAAACUGAAGAACAUCAAGUAUGAUGGAGGAGUUGAGACAGAUCCACACUGGAGUCCAGAGAGCUGGAAGAUGAUUGAGUCUCUGGGAAAACUGGCUUUUGAGCAGCUGCAGAAAGGCAACCUGAUCUUCUAUGAAUCAGACCUGACAGAGUGUGGCAUCGAUAUCAGAGCAGCCUCAGUGUACUCAGGAGUGUUCACACAGGUCUUUAAAGAGGAGAGAGGGCUGUACCAGGACAAGGUGUUCUGCUUCGUCCAUCUGAGUGUUCAGGAGUUCCUGGCUGCUCUUCAUGUCCAUCUGACAUUCAUCAAGUCUGGAGUCAAUCUGCUGAAAGCAAAACAAACAACUUCCUGGUGGUCUGAAGUGUUCAAAGAGAAACCUAAACUAAAACAACUCUACCAGAGUGCUGUGGACGAGGCCUUAAAGAGUCCAAAUGGACACCUGGACUUGUUCCUCCGCUUCCUCCUGGGUCUUUCACUGCAGACCAAUCAGACUCUCCUACGAGGUCUGCUGGCACAGACAGGAAGUAGCUCACAGACCUAUCAGAAAACAGUCGAGUACAUCAAGAAGAAGAUCAGUGAGAAUGUGUCUGCAGAGAGAAGCAUCAAUCUGUUCCACUGUCUGAAUGAACUGAAUGAUCGUUCUCUAGUGGAGGAGAUCCAACAGUACCUGAGAUCAGGAAGUCUCUCCACAGAUAAACUGUCUCCUGCUCAGUGGUCAGCUCUGGGAUUCAUCUUACUGUCAUCAGAAAAAGAUCUGGACGUGUUUGACCUGAAGAAAUACUCUGCUUCAGAGGAGGCUCUUCUGAGGCUGCUGCCAGUGGUCAAAGCCUCCAACAAAGCUCUGUUGACUGACUGUAACCUCUCAGAGAGAAGCUGUGCAGCUCUGUCCUCAGUUCUCAGCUCCCGGUCCUCUAGUCUGAGAGAUCUGGACCUGAGUAACAACAACUUGCAGGAUUCAGGAGUGAAGCAGCUUUCUGCUGGACUGGAGAGUCCACACUGUGGACUGGAAACUCUCAGUCUGUCAGCAUGUCUGAUCACAGAGGAAGGCUGUGCUUCUCUGGCCUCAGCUCUGAGGUGCAACCCCUCCCAUCUGAGAGAGCUGGACCUGAAUCUGGACGUGUUUGACCUGAAGAAAUACUCUGCUUCAGAGGAGGCUCUUCUGAGGCUGCUGCCAGUGGUCAAAGCCUCCAACAAAGCUCUGUUGAGUGACUGUAACCUCUCAGAGAGAAGCUGUGCAGCUCUGUCCUCAGUUCUCAGCUGCCAGUCCUCUAGUCUGAGAGAUCUGGACCUGAGUAACAACGACCUGCAGGAUUCAGGAGUUAAGCAGCUUUCUGCUGGACUGGAGAGUCCACACUGUGGACUGGAAACCCUCAGGUUGAGUGACUGUAACCUCUCAGAGAGAAGCUGUGCAGCUCUGUCCUCAGUUCUCAGCUCCCAGUCCUCUAGUCUGAGAGAUCUGGACCUGAGUAACAACAACCUGCAGGAUUCAGGAGUGAAGCAGCUUUCUGCUGGACUGGAGAGUCCACACUGUGGACUGGAAACCCUCAGUCUGUCAGGAUGUCUGAUCACAAAGGAAGGUUGUGCUUCUCUGGCCUCAGCUCUGAGGUCCAACCCCUCCCAUCUGAGAGAGCUGGACCUGAGCUAUAAUCAUCCAGGAGCCUCAGGAGAGAAGCUUCUGUCUGCUGGACUGAAGGAUCCACACUGGAGACUGGACACUCUCAGGAUGGACCAUGGUGGACUGCAGAGACUGAAACCUGGUCUGAGGAAGUAUGCCUGUGAACUGGAACUGGAUCCAAACACAAUACACAGAAAACUCAAACUGUCUGAUAACAACAGGAAGGUGACAUAUGUGAAGGAGGAUCAGUCAUUUCCUGAUCAUCCAGACAGAUUUGACUCCUGGCUUCAGCUGCUGUGUAGAAAUGAUCUGACUGGUCGCUGUUACUGGGAGGUUGAGUGGAGAGGAAAGCAAAGGCAGACAGUCAAAAGGACUUUCAAAGACUUUACGGACUGUCCAGCUGUGGAAGCCCACAGUGUUUUUGUGCUUCUCACAACAACACCCAUCACUUCCUCCUCCUCCUCCUCUGUCUCUAACAGAGUAGCAGUGUAUGUGGACUGUCCUGCUGGCACUCUGUCCUUCUACAGAGGCUCCUCUGAUACACUGAUCCACCUCCAUACCUUCAACACCACAUUCACUGAACCUCUGUAUGCU